AAUACUUGAACUACAAACAGUAUUGUGUUACUCAUCUCGACUCUGAGUUUAGCCAGCUGUCAGUUCGUGGUGCUGCCUUAACACUUAUGUUUUGUGUUAGUAUUUUUUCUUGUCAGUGACUUUAUAAUAAAGGCUUCGUUUGUCAAAAUGCCCAGAGGAGGUAGGAAAGGUGGCCACAAGGGUCGCAUGAGGACGUACACGAGCCCCGAGGAGAUAGACGCCCAGAUGAAGGAAGAGAAGGAGAGGAAAAAGCAAGAGCAGGAGGCGGAGGAGGCGGGUGCAGCUCCGAAUGACAUCGCAGAGGAGAAACUACCUGGAUCUGGAUCAGAGGACAGCGAUGAUGAAAAUUCAUUGAGGAGGAGAGCAGGUGUGGAGGGCUUGAUAGAAAUUGAGAACCCCAACAGAGUGGCGCAGAAGUCCAAGAAGGUGACGCAGAUCGAGCUGGAUGAGCCCAAGCAGCUAUCGAGGAGAGAAAGAGAGGAGAUCGAGAAGCAGAAAGCGAAGGAGCGCUACAUGAAGAUGCACCUGGCAGGGAAGACAGACCAGGCCAAGGCUGACCUCGCUCGCCUCGCCAUCAUCAAGAAACAGAGAGAAGAGGCAGCAAAAAAGAAAGAAGAAGAGAAAAAAGCUAAAGACGCAGCGGCAGCAGCAGCCAGAGGAAUAAACUCCCUCUCACUGAAAUGAUGCACAGUAUUUAUCAGAAGGCCCUUUCACAUGUUCAUGGACUGGCGCAAUAUAAAUAUUUGACUAUUUUUAAAAGAGGAACUAUGGUGUUGACAUUACUGUAAAAUAUGUCCAUUUGGAAAACGUUUGAGGAGACACCCGUGGAGAGGGGGUUGUGUAUAUUUCGGCAUGGAGUAAAGGCUGCGUUGAUCCCUGCUGGAGGUAAAGCUACAUUUGAUAAUCUGACGGUCUUCGUGUACACUUGGAAUGAACCUCUUCUAACCUAUGAACUUGUACAUGGUAUUAAUAAUGAUAUAUUUAUCAUUUUACAAUUCCCACUUUGCUAACUGAGCUUUGCCACUUUCUUUAUUUGGGGAUCUAACAUUGUAUAUAACAGACUUAUGGAAAUAUGUCAGAUUAAUAUGAUAAAACAGUGAAAUGUGUCCAUUUCUUUAUUUGCUUUAGCUCCCUGUGAGAGAACUGUUGUGACUGCUUAAGGCCAACUUGUAUCAAAAUGAGAUGAGAAUAUAUCGACAGAUGUCAGAAUGUAUAAAAGUAUAACUCAACAGGUACAGUUAUUGGUUAAUUUAAUUUAAAAUUGAAAAAAAUGGCCCUGAACUCAGUAGCGGUAUAAUAAAAAACAAAUAAAUAAAACAAGAUUUAGAUUUAAAGAUGUAAAUAUGGAGAUAAUGAUGAACAUAUCAAGUGGUACAUGAAGUAAUUUUAUUUAUUUUUUUUCUCAGCCAGACAGGAUUAAAGGGUCGAAUUUAGUCUCAGGGUCAGAAUGUAUAGUAUAUGUAGUUUCAGUUAAUAAUUUUGCCUUAUUCAUGCAAUUAAAAAUAAAUGCCUUACAUAAAUGUUCCCCAGUGUUAAGUACUGGUGUCAGCUCCCAAAUUAUAUAAGAGAGGUCUCUUUAAUUAGCUAAGAUUGAUCAGAAGCAACUCCACAGUGUCUAUAUUUUGUAAAAGUAUAAUGAUAAGUUUAUAGAAGACAAAGCGGGUUCGAUACCCACACUUCUUUCGCAGUGCAAAUAAGUAGGUGACAUUGAUCGAUUCAACAUUGAUACAAUCAGAUGUUGACAUUGGCCUGAUUUUUCUCAAAGUUUCACAUUAACCACAUCCACAUUGAUUGUAUGUGUGUUUUAUUGAAUGAGCUGUGAAGAAUCUGGUUGAGUGAAAGAAUGAAAGAAUUAUUUAACAGAGAAAUGAAAGAAUAAGUCCAAAUAAAUCAUCUUAAUGUUUUCA